CUCCAUUUUUGCCUCCACAAUACCACAAGUAUCCCAUAGUGAUGGGACAAGCUGCAGUAUGGUCUAUAGUCAUAUGAAUUCACCCCUAUGCCAUUAUAAACCCCCUCUACACAGCGUACUAGGAGUCUUCUAUCUUUCCUUUAGUGUGUGCCAUGUAGUCUUCAUGUGUGGCUCUCACACGUGUGCCUUUAGCCGCUGUCACACGCUGAAUAAGCCGUCGCGCACACAGCUGACUACCAGUGUUACUCGCCCUGCUGCUAUACUGGCAAAUACGACACACGAGGCAGGGACCACUUGUCACCUGUGACAGGACCCGGCUAUGUGGUGACUCGGGGCUAUUUACUCUGUGUAGCGCCCUCCUCUCAGAGCGGGGUUUGCUUCUGAAAAGGCGCCGAUACUUGGCGCUGCCCCGCCUCUAGUCCCCGCUUCUGCCCGGCUACCCCGGGGCCAGGGCGCCUGCGCAGGGCGCCAGAUUUGGCGGGAGUGACGGGCCGCGGGCGCUUUUGUUUGAGGGAAUCUCUGUUGUAUUUGUCCGUCUUUCAUAUCAGGCCCCGCCCUCGCCCCCGCCCCCGCCCCGCCUCCAGCACAGCCUGAGAAACUUUCUUAGAGCUCAUACCACUUAGAACAAGUACAUUCACCUUCUUGCUCACCCUGCCUUGACCUUGCUGUAAGGAUGGCGAGGAGACCAAGGAACAGUAUAUACAGCUCAGAGGAAGAAGAAGAUGACAUUGAGAUGUAUGAGCAUGAUUAUGAUGGCCUGCUAUCAAAAGGAAAACGGCACCUGGGUAAAACACGCUGGACCCGUGAAGAGGAUGAAAAACUUAAGAAACUAGUGGAACAGAAUGGAACCGAGGACUGGAAAGUUAUAGCCAGUUUCCUGCCUAAUCGGACGGAUGUUCAGUGCCAGCAUAGAUGGCAGAAAGUUUUAAAUCCUGAACUUAUUAAAGGACCAUGGACUAAAGAAGAAGAUCAAAGAGUUAUUGAACUAGUGCAAAAGUAUGGUCCCAAACGCUGGUCUAUCAUUGCAAAGCAUUUGAAAGGAAGAAUUGGCAAGCAGUGCAGAGAGAGGUGGCACAAUCAUCUCAAUCCAGAAGUGAAGAAAACCUCUUGGACAGAAGAAGAGGAUAGAAUAAUAUAUGAAGCCCACAAACGUCUGGGAAAUAGAUGGGCUGAAAUUGCAAAGCUUCUUCCUGGGAGAACGGAUAAUGCUAUCAAGAACCACUGGAAUUCUACUAUGCGACGCAAGGUCGAACAAGAAGGCUAUCUGCAGGAAUCAUCCAAAACCAACCAGCCUUCUGCAGCCACAAACUUUUCAAAAAGCAACCACUUGUUGGGCUUCACCACUCACAUCCCAUCUUCCCACAUCUCUCAAAGUAGCCAUGCUCCAGUGAACAACUUCUACUACCACUUAGCUGAGCCACAGAACGCACCUUAUCCUGUAGCAUUGCACGUAAAUAUAGUCAAUGUUCCUCAACCAGCAACGGCAGUUGUUCAGAGACAUUAUAAUGAUGAAGAUCCAGAAAAAGAGAAGAGGAUUAAAGAGUUAGAGCUAUUGCUCAUGUCAACUGAGAAUGAACUGAAGGGACAUCAUGCAUUACCGAACCAUGCAGAAGAAUAUCCUGUAUGGCACAGUACAACAAUUGCUGACAACUCCAGGCCUCAUGGAGAUAGUGCACCCGUAUCAUGCCUUGGUGAGGCACAUAACUGUACGCCUUCCCCUCCCAUGGACCAUGGAUGCCUUCCUGAAGAAAGUGCUUCACCUGCAAGAUGCUUUGGUGUUAAUUUAUUAAUACAUAUGAAAAACUUACCUGAAUACUCAGAAACUCUUCAGCUUAUUGAUUCUUUUUUAAACACAGCAGCAGCACAUGACAAUUUGGAUAUGGAGCACCCAAACCUAACCUCCACUCCAAUCUGUACUUCUCAUAAAGCUAGUAUAGUAACGCCUUUUCACAGGGAUCAUACACCACGGCUUCAAAAAGAAAAUAGCAUUCUUCGGACUCCAGCUAUAAAAAGGUCAAUUUUGGAUAGCUCUCCAAGAACUCCUACGCCAUUUAAAAAUGCCUUAGCAGCUCAAGAAUUUAAAUAUGGACCACUUAAACUUUCGCAUCACACGCCUUCACACCUUGCCGAAGACCUGCAGGAAGUAAUUAAGCAGGAGGCUGAUGAGUCUGGCAUUGUACCUGAGCUCCAAGAAAUAGAAGAACCUCUGUUAAAGAAAAUUAAACAAGAGGUGGAGUCACCAUCACCAAUGCAUAAGGUUAGCCAUUUCUCUUCCAGCGUUUGGGAACGAGAAAACCUGACAGCUCAGUUGUUCACACAGCAAAAUGUUCUGGAAGACACUCCUAAUCUUCUUACCAGUUCAUUGCUGAUGAAACCUAUGUGUGAUAAAGAAGACCAUAGAGGGAAAUAUUUUACAGUACCCAGGAACAGAUCAUUGUCAAGCCCAUUACAGCAGCGCAGCAAUGCAUGGGAAGCAAUAUCUUGUGGGAAAACAGAAGAGCAGAAGAUGUAUUCAGAAAUGUAUCACAAAUGUAUGAAAAAUGUAUCUACACUUGUCAUGUGAUGACUUUGGGGUCUGAACAAGCAUUAUCAUAGAAACACUUCAUAUUAAUUUGGGAUUUUGUUGUAAAAUUCCUCUACAUGAAGCUUUGGGAAUAUUGUUAAUUGGGAGAUUUUUGUUGUGGUACAACAGUUGGGAGAAGCACCAAGUGCAUUUUUUUCUAGUCACUGAGAUUAUUGUUGGAAUUCCAUUGCAUCAACAAAUAUGGUUGGCGGAUGCAUAUUUCCACUUAUAUAAAGUGACAUUUCUGCCUAUAUAAUUUAGGCGUUGCGCUAUUAAGUGUAUUUUACACAACAUUUGAACAAUAGAACAAACUUAAUACCAGUAUUGUUUUUAUAAAAGAAAUUUACUGGCAUAGUAUAAACAGAAACUUGACUAGUUUCUGUCUGAUUGCCACUGGACAAAAUCUACUGAUACAAAAAAGUAGAAAGCAUUACUACAAUUGUCAAUAUUUAUCGCACAUGCAAAAAAAAGAUGCAAAAGGGAGUGGUUAUUGUUAAUGUUCAUAACUGUACUUUUUUUUAUACAGUUUGUAAAAACGUCUGUGUCUGCUUUUGUUCUUUUUACACACAUUUUUAGCUUUGCUCUAAAUGGCUACUGACUGGAAUUUUUUUAAUAAAGCAAAUUAUAUUUUUAUUCACUAAUUUAAUUUUUUUAAAUAAAUUGCUGAGAUUCUUUUGUGU